UUGACUAAAUGCACUAGCGAAUCUUGAGGGAAACAUAAGAUAUGGUACUACUGUCUUGAGAAGCAAAUUUACAGGAUUGCAGUUGUAUAGAUAGUGCCAUUGCUCUCUAGGAAUUUUUCCUUGCACACAAACAUAGCUAUCUCGCCAAUCUGCUCCAUCAGAAUGGCAGCGAGUGCGACGACAGGGGUGAUGAACCCUCUCCUUGGCAAGCUCACCAAGCUGCUCGGCGAAGAGUACAGGAGGCUCACCGGUGUGAGGAAGCAGGCCUCCUUCCUCAAGGAUGAGCUAAGCGCCAUGAAAGCUCUUCUUGACAGGAUGGAGCUUAUGGAUAAGCUCGAUCCCUCGGCCAAGAACUGGAGGGACCAUGUUAGGGAGAUGUCCUAUGAUAUGGAGAAUUGCAUCGAUGACUUCAUGCAUGAUACUGAAGACGCCUAUGAAAAGAAAGGCUUCAUCAGAAAGAUGGCUCAGCGUCUCAGAAGGUUGGGGAGGCGUCAUCAGAUCGCAAACAGGAUCAAGGAGCUCAAGGUUCUUGUGGUGGAGGCGAAUGCUCGACGUGAGAGGUACAAGAUUGAUGAGUUCAUCAACUCGAGUCCUAGCAUUGUGGUUACGGAUCCCCGUAUUUCAGUGAUCUACAGGGAGAGAGAAGGCAUCAUUGGUAUUGAUGGCUCGAAAGAAGAGCUUGUUGGCUUGUUGAUGGAUUCUAAGAAGAAACUCAAAGUGGUUUCCAUCAUGGGGUUCGGAGGUUUGGGUAAAACUACGCUUGCCAAGCAAGUGUAUGAUGAGAUUGGAGGACAGUUUAACUGCAAGGCAUUUGUUCCGGUCUCUCAAAGACCUGAUGUUAAAAGUCUUCUGACUGGCCUACAAUUAAAGCUUGGGAUGGAGGAUUCUUCUCAUGCUCAAGAGUUGCAAGACAUCAUUGACCGCCUAAGAGAAUACCUAAAACAUAAGAGGUACUUAGUUUUAGUUGAUGACUUGUGGGAUGAACCAACAUGGAAUAUUAUUAGUUGUGCCUUUCCAGAACAUGGUAAUGGAAGCAAAGUAAUGGUAACCACACGAUUAGAUGACAUAGCUCUCUGGGCGUGUCAGAAUGAUCGUGCGUGCAUUUACAAAAUGAAGCCACUCAAAGAACAAGACUCAAGACAGUUAUUUUUUAAUAGAGUAUUUGGAUCCAAAAAUGACUGUCCAGAACAUUUUAAAGAAAUUUCAGCUCGAAGUCUCAGGAAGUGUGGCGGAUUGCCACUUGCAAUUAUCACCAUAGCUAGCAUCUUAGCUAGCCAAGAAGCAAGAUCACCGAAUGAAUGGGAGAGCAUAGUGAGUUCCCUUGGUGCCAAGAUUUCUACAAAAUCCACCUUCGAAGAGAUGAGGGGUAUACUGAACCUUAGUUACAUCCAUCUUCCUGCUCAUCUUCGUCCAUGUUUUUUGUACCUUGGCAUGUACAUGGAAGACCGUGAGAUCAUGAGGGAUGACCUGGUUCGACAGUGGAUAGCCGAAGGCUUUGUGUGUAAUUUGCACGGAGUAGCUUUGGAUGAUGUUGCAAAAAGUUAUUUCAAUGAGCUUAUCAAUAGAAGUCUGAUUCAGCCCGAAGAGACAUUUGGUGGGGAGGUAAUUUCCUGUAGAGUACACGAUAUGAUGCUUGAUUUUAUCCUCAGCAAAAGUGCAAAAGAUAAUUUUAUCAGUGUAGCAUAUAACUAUGAAGACAUGGCAAGAUUGCACAGUUGCGAGUACAAGGUUUGUCGAUUAUCUCUGAAAUCAAGUGUUGGUGAUGAAACAUCGGAGACACUUGCUACUAGCAUGUUACAAGUUAGAUCAUAUGCUCGGUUUUGGGAGUCCAAAUGCACACCUCCUCUUUCACAGUUUAAGUACGUUUCAGCAAGAUCAGCAGACAUAAUGCUACCUACUGAAAUUCAAGGGCUUGCUUAUUUGGAAACAUUGGAGUUAGUUUGCCGGUCCACACAAGGCUUUCCAUCGGAUAUAAUUCGCUUGCCCAACUUGUUUCAUCUUGUACUUCCAUAUGGUAUAGUGCUGCCUCAAGGGAUCCAGAACAUGAAAUCAGUCUGCACCCUGAAUUGUUUGGGCAUGUGGAAUAUGAGUUCCCUGGAGGAUAUCAAAGGCCUUAGCGGGCUGACCAAUCUAAAGGAAUUGACGUUAUGCACGCCUUAUGGCCAGUGCUUGACGGCUGACCGUGUGGAUGCUUUGGUGUCUUCCAUUGGAAAGCUCCGAGGCCUGACACACCUCUCCCUCGACUGCCCGAGCGAAUCUGGUGACAAUGGCAGCCAGCUAGACUCAUUGCCGGAUCCUCCUCUCCAUCUAGAGGUACUCGAUCUGGAAACAUGGGCUUUCAGUAGAGUUCCCAAAUGGAUUGGUGAGCUAGGUUGCCUCCGGAUCCUCUAUCUUUGUGUCAUGCACAUGUCCAGUGACGAGAUUCGUGUUCUUGGAGAGCUUCCCUCCCUCAUCGAUGCCAGGUUCCACGUGUUGGAUGUUUCUCAAGGUAAGGUCAUGGUCGGCGCGGGGCUGUUCCCCGCUCUGGAGUACUUCUAUCUCUUGUGUAGCGAAGAUGUCACUGAGUACCUAAGCUUCGAGGCAGGAGCUACUCCCAAGCUACUAACACUCAGCCUUGGAUUCGUCUGGGAAGAGUGGAGAGGCGCUACACCAGUCGGAAUGGAGCGUCUGCCCUGCCUGCAGGACAUCCGCUUGUCUCGCCAGUACACCAGCGCCGAGUCAAGCGAAAAUCAGGAAGACGUGCUCGCUGAUGUCGUGCCUGCCUUCAAGAGCGCCGCACGGCUGCACCCAAGGCAUCCCUCUGUUACGGUUGUGUAG